CAGGAAUGGGUCACUUAUUCGAUUAUGAAUACCCUUGUCUUAUGAACUUCAUACUUGCAUGGGCUCUUUCACAAGUUGUCAUUGCAACAAAUAAAAUCAACAAUAACUUCAUAAUCAAGUAGACCAAAUGCCUUAACUAUCCUUCAUGUAUCCACGAUUCGCCUAACUAGCUCAUAGGUUGCUUGCAAUUCGACCAAAGUCUCACUGUGCUUGACAUGAGAAAUGUAGCACAUCAAUUGUUGAUCAAACCGUGUGAACAUAGAGGAAGUGAACUCCCUAGAAUAAAACUCAGUAAGACUCAUCAAAUCAACUUUCUUUUAUCAAAAGCAACUAAUGAGAUGCAUACAAAUAAAAUUUGCAAGUGUUUCACCAAAAUUUUGGACGGAUGUGUAUCAGAUAAUCUCGUCUGAAUUUGACCGGAUAAUGAGGUUAAUUCGACCAAAGAUGAGUUGAUACAUGUAAAAGGGUAAAUGAUGUUUUUACUUAUCAAUUUGGACAAAAAAUCUAAUACAAGUGGAUGAACUAAUUAUAAUGUUAAUCAUUUCAAAUUUCCAUAUAGUUCAUGGCAGCAGGCUUGUCCUCUGUUUGUUUGUUUAUUUUGCUCAAGUAAUUGCACGUGAAUGCCUAGUGACAGCAGCUUUGCAUCCAAUCCAUCCCCCCACUCAAUAAUUUUAAGCUCAUGCACUACACCACAAGCAGGCUGCACUCACUAGUCACUACUACUGCUUACUUAGAGAUCAGCUAUAGCCAGUGGGGUCGUUUUCAUAAAAUGUUCAGCCAGCCAUUUUUUCUUUUGUUCUCUUCCCUAACUACAACUCACCCAAGAAUCUCCCUUCCCCCCUCUCUCUCUCCUUCACCACUACUCCAAGCACCACAUUUUGUUUUCUUUUCCUUCUCUUCCACUUGCUUGCUGGUGUGGUGGUAUCAAGUAUACUAUAUAUAGUUUCAGUAUUCAUACAUCAAUGGUGGAAACAAGAAUUAUGUCUUCUCUCAUUACCAUCAUCAAGCUGCUGCUGUUUCUCGUCUGUCUGCUGCCAAGCUUCAGCUCUAGCAAUGGUGGUGUUUUCGUGGGGAAGAGAGUUCCUCUCGUCAACCUGUUGGAAGAGCACAACCAGUGGAAGCAGCUGCUAAUGAAGAUCAGCUUCCAUGAUUCUGCUUCUGCUGCUGCUUCUUCUUCUUCAAGCUCAUGCCUUCCCCAGAAAUCAAGACAGGAAAAGGGAGCAACCAUCCUGGAAAUGAAGCGCAGAGAUUCCUGCUCAUCAUCAGGAAAGCCACCCACAAUCCAAGACUUGAGCAAGAAGCUAAAAAGAACCCUAAUACUAGACAAUAUCAGAGUCCAAUCAAUUCAGUCUCGGAUAAAAAACACCACCUCUCUUGUGAAACAAGACACUGCGAUGUCAACAACAACUCAAAUCCCAUUGGCUUCAGGAAUAAAGCUGCAAACCCUCAACUACAUAGUCACAGUACAACUAGGAGGGAAGCAGCUUACAGUGAUAAUGGACACUGGAAGUGACUUGACAUGGGUUCAGUGCCAGCCGUGCAGGUUCUGUUACAACCAAAAGGACCCUCUCUUCAAUCCUUCCAUCUCUCCUUCUUUCCGCAGAAUCACCUGCAAUUCAUCAGCUUGCGACUCACUUCAGUUUGCAACUGGCAACUCGGGCGCAUGUGGCAGCAACCAGCAAACCUGCAACUAUUACGUUAGCUAUGGGGACGGCUCCUACACAAGAGGGGAUCUAGCCACUGAACAGCUUAAAUUAGGAGGUGAAACUGAACCAGUCAGUAAUUUCGUGUUUGGUUGUGGAAGGAACAAUAAGGGCUUGUUUGGAGGAGCUUCAGGUUUAAUGGGGAUGGGAAGGAGCCAGCUUUCGUUGGUCUCUCAAUCUGAAUCCAUGUACAGUGGUGUUUUCUCCUACUGCUUGCCAACAACAGCACCUGAUGCUACUGGCUCAUUAGCAUUUGGUCCCAAUACUUCAGUUUACAGCAACUUCACACCAAUUUCUUAUACCAGAAUGGUCAAUAAUCCCCAGCUCCCAACUUUCUACUUCCUCAACCUUACUGGGUUGUCCAUAGGCGGAAAGGAUCUCCAUCAGGGUUCCGGAUUCGGAUCUGGGAUUCUGAUUGAUUCUGGAACAGUCAUAACAAGGCUUCCUCCUUCAGUUUACAGUGCUGUGAAGGCAGAGUUUCUGAGGCAAUUCUCUGGUGUUCCAACUGCUCCGGGCUUUUCGAUCCUGGACACUUGCUUCAACCUGACAGGGUAUCAGGAGAUUGAUGUCCCUACCAUUAGCAUGAACUUUGAAGGGAAUGUGAAGCUGGAAGUUGACUUGACAGGGGUUUUCUACUUUGUCAAGGCGGACGCAUCUCAGGUGUGUCUGGCGAUGGCUAGUCUUGCCUAUGAGUAUGAGAUUGGGAUAGUGGGGAACUAUCAGCAGAGAAACCAGAGGGUUGUUUAUGAUACAAAAGAGUCAAUGGUGGGAUUUGCAGCAGAAGCUUGCAGUUUCAGCUGAUGCGAGAGAGAGAAAAUGCUUUAGAAUAUUUAUUGGUUACGUGAGAUGUCAAGAGUGGGGUGUGGCCGUGUGGGUUUGUGAAUAUCAAUAUGCAUUUAGUUCUUCUUCUAAAAUACAAUGCCAAUUAGUUU